UGGUGCCGCACGAGUGGACUGGGAGCUCCCUCCCUAUUUCUUGGUCUCGUCUCGUCUCGUCGUCUUCUCCCUGCUGCUGGUACUGUGCGUGGGCCGGAGGGCGAGAGUGAAGCUUGAGCCGUCUCGCCGCGGGCGCUGCUGCUGCUGCUGCUGCUCGCGUCCGAUUCCGACGAGAGGCUGGGAACUUCAAAGCUGAAAAGGACUAAUGGAGGGUGGAGGCGCAAAAGAUGGUUCUGCAGCGGCAGCGCAAACAAGGGGGAGUGGGGAUGAUGGUUCCCACAAGCCGCUGCCGCCUUGCUGUCUCAAGGCGAAGGCUGCGGCAGCAGAGUCUGAGGCAAAAUGCCAUGCCACAGUGGUGUCAGGGUGGUUCACGGAACCCCGCUCGCACUCUGGUAAAACAAGCAAAGUGCAGUACUUCAACAAUCCAAUGUGGCCUGGAGAAGCUCAUUCUCUGAAAGUAGAGAAUAUUCUGUAUCAAGGGAAAUCACCAUACCAAGAAAUCUUAGUUUUUGAGUCCUCAACCUAUGGGAAUGUUCUGGUGCUUGAUGGUAUUGUGCAGCUGACCGAAAAGGAUGAAUGUGCAUACCAGGAAAUGGUUACUCACCUUCCACUGUGCUCGAUUCCAUCCCCCAAAAGUGUUUUGGUUGUCGGAGGUGGUGAUGGUGGUGUGCUACGAGAAAUAGCCAGACAUGCCUCAGUGGAGAACAUCGAUAUAUGUGAAAUAGACCAGCUAGUUAUUGAUGUCUGUAAAGAUUUCUUCCCACAACUAUCUGUUGGAUUCAAAGAUCCCCGUGUUCAACUUCAUGUUGGUGACGCUGUGGAUUUCUUGAGAAAUGCCCCUGAAGGGAAAUAUGAUGCUAUCAUUGUUGAUUCAUCUGACCCAAUUGGGCCAGCUCAGGAGCUUGUGGAGAAGCCCUUUUUUCAGACAAUUGCUAGAGCUCUAAAGCCUGGUGGAGUUCUAUGCAAUCAAGCUGAGAGUAUGUGGCUGCACACACAUCUAAUUCAAGAUAUGCUUUCUAUCUGUCGUGAAACAUUCAAGGGAGCUGUGCAUUAUGCCUGGACAAGCGUUCCUACCUAUCCUAGUGGUGUCAUUGGUUUUUUGCUAUGUGCGAAAGAAGGUCCAGCAGUGAACUUCCUUUCUCCUGUGAAUCCAAUUGAGAAACUGGAAGGAGCUAUGGAAGCUGGAAGGGAAAUCAGAUUUUACAAUUCAGAGGUUCAUCGGGCUGCUUUUGUUCUGCCAACAUUUGUAAGGAGAGAACUGGAAUCACACAAUACUUGUGCUGAAAAGGAUAAAUCAGAAACCAAGCCAGUCGCGAAACCAAAGAAGAUGAAAAUAAUGCCGAAUAGUGCCAUUCCGACUGCUUCCUAGAUUCGGGCGGCCAUAUGCGACAACCAUGUUCGACGUCCUUAGCUACAGUAUAUGCCAACUAUAAGAGGAGAAUGUCGCUGUAACUCUUCUGUCUUAAGUAUGGUAUGUUAUGCCUGACUGAAUAAAAGGGAGGAACAGAUGAGAUGUGAACCAAAAUAAUGUUCUUCCUGAUCCGUGAGCACUGUUGUAGUGUUGCCUGUUGUACAAAUGUAUAUUGUCACAGCACUGAUGUGUUUAUUAUAUGGAUGUGGAGUGAAUCGCAUGGAUAAUGUGCCUUUUUAUCCCCUAAAA